CAACACUGAAGAAGUUCGAAGUUCCUUUAUUUACAUACCAAAAUUUUCGUGAUUUUCACCUAAUUUUCCGAGUUUUUCCUCACAGUUUUUCACAGUGUCGCUGUUGAAUUUAACUCCACAAACCCUCACCUUCGUGAAUGCUCUCAUCUACAUAAUUCAUUAUCCAUCAUGAAUUCAGUUCCUCCUUCCUGAUAACUGGAAACUCACCAAAUUGCAAUGGGAAUUAGAUAGUGUGAUCACAAACUGAUAAAUGGCGGGCAGCUGUGGGCCAAUGGUCGGAGGAGGGCAGACUAUGAAGAUUGAUAAAUGUCUCGUGCCGCCGCUGGAACUGUGGCCUCCCACCUCAAACUCAUCAGCCGUCGAUGAUAAAGCAGCCUCCCAGUUACUGUUCCUGACUGUUGAAUAUGUGGAAGAAGGAGCAGCCGUGCCCUCUAAUGCCUCGUUAUUUGAUCCAGCUGUCUCAGAAUCAUUGCCUCAGUAUCAACCUCGCGUCUCAAGCCCUCUUGUCUCGAAUUUGGACUCGAUGGCUCGAUACUCUCCUCUCCCACCUGUUUCAAAACCAGAAGGAGCAAGUAUUGGCUCAAUGGGCGAAUCGAGCUUCUCAGACAGUUUUGCUGUUUCUGUGUCUGGUGCCCUGGAUGUUUUUCAAACUCCACCGACCACAACAGGAGAGUCAACGCAGGAGCAAAACACUCAGCUUAUCAUUAUGGACACGUUUUACCAGCAGCGAGGCACUCAGCUAACUGAUCUGGAACCGUCUCAUGUGGAAGACUUCUCAAACCCUGAGUACAUCUUACCCAUCUUGCCAGAGGCCUCUGAUAAACUUCUUUUAGAUCCGGCCUCAUUAAAUUCUUCAGAGUUGUUGAUAUCAGUUGAAGAUGCAGCGUCCAUAUUUCCAACAAGCAAGUCCAAUGGCCGCAUAGAGUUAUUGCUAAGCAAUGGUAACAUAGCCUAUGGGCUCAUAGACUCCAUGCCCACAUCUCGAGUGCUUCAGAUUCCUAAAGAGUAUUUAAUCAAUUCGGGACGUUUCAGUUUGGACGAAGCUGCCUUAGAAAGUGAUGCGGACCUUAAAUCCAUUUUAGUCGAAAAAUCUCAUGACCCAAAAUGGAAUCAAUCAUCUAGUCUCGAUUCCAGCUCAUUUUCUGUAGAUUCUAGAACGGAUCUUUUAGAUGGCUCUUUGCUCAAAGAAUCCUCAGCCACAUUGAAUGAUGACAACUUAUCCGAUGUUCUCUCAAAGAAUAUUUCUUUGGAUAAUAUUGAAAGGGACAAAAAUUUAGGAGGAUCUCCAUCAGAUGCAGACCUUGGUGUAGAUACCUCAUCCUUCUGGUGUGAAGAGUGCAAUUGCUUCUACGAAACCGAGUGCAUCAAACAUCAGUUUCAGACCAUCUACGAUAAGCCAGUCGUUUCAAGAGCGAGGGCUACUCUUCCUGCAACAUACCUGUUCAUGAAUGAAUUGAAAGCAGAUAAACAGUCCAGUAGAAAAGAAUCAAUCAUGGGAGUAUUUGCCCGCAAACACAUUCCAAAACGAACACAAUUUGGGCCGGUUGAAGGUAACUUUCUGACGACUCCAAGUGACGAAAAAUCAUCAGGCAGUCUGAAAAAUUUUCUGAAAUUUUCAAUUGAGGUAUCUCCUGAAAAAUUCAUUGAUGUGGACGUUUCAGAUGAUGAAGCGUCCAAUUGGAUGAAAUUUGUUAGGCCAGCAGACAGUAGUAGAAACCAAAAUCUGCGGUUAUGCCAGCAAGGAAAAGCAUUGUUCUUUAUCACAACAAAAGAAAUUCUCCCGAAGCAAGAGCUACGUGUGUGGUACAGCUAUCUCUAUGCUGUCAAAAGAAAUCUUCCAAAUUUAAGCAGUGAGGGCACUGCAGAUAAUCGGGAAGAUCUAACUGAAGAAAAUGAUCAGCUCUUCAGCAAUUUUGACUCUGAUGAAGGACUAACCAAAGAUGAAGAGUCGGCAGAAACCUCUAAUUCUAAGUUCCUAAGAAAGAAAAAAAAUAAAGGAGUGAAAUCCAAACUUGUUGGAUUGAGCAAUCAGAAGGAAUUUGCAUGUGACUCAUGUGACUUGAAGUUCCGCCGUUACUCUAGAUUGAUGCAGCAUUUAUCCUCCCAUAAGAAAUCUGAUAGUCGGAAGAAUAUCAAAGAACAUAGUAAAGAAAUACCUUUAUCUCGCAUUCCAAAAAAGAAAGAAAGCAGUGAACGUCUGGACUCCGACAAAGAAAACAAGUCGGAAUUAACAACUGACAAACUAGGUCCUGGCACAAAGAAGCAGUGUAACAAGUGUUGCCUCGUCUUCCCUAAUGAAGUGCUGUAUGAAAUGCACACAAUUAGCCACUCCAUUUCCAAGAAAGAUGACACUUCGGGGGCUUUGUGGGUAUGCCCACAGUGUCAUGAGGAAUGCAAAAGCAGACAAGAGCUAUCAGAACAUGUUGCAACACACUGUGUGCCUUGGAAUGGCACUAUUCCUUACUACUGUGUGCGAUGCGAUAAAACAUUGGCCAACGCUGAUAGGUGGAAACGUCAUGAAGCCAUUCACAAAAGCGAAGACUCCAAACCAUUUGGCUGUUCUUUCUGCAUUCGUCGCUUUUUCAGUCACUCAGCUCUUGUCUGUCACAUGAACUACCACGACACAACGGAUAAAACGUUUGACUGCCCAAUCUGCAAAGCCAGUUUCCCAAAAAUAACUCCUUUGAAAGCACACAUUCAUCAGCACCGAAGCAAUGGAGUUUACAAGUGCCCACACUGCCCAAAAGAAUAUGAGCAGUACACACUUAUUCGGAAGCAUAUUCGUAGCUUCCACUCGGAACCAAAGCUGGUCUGCUCUGUUUGUAAUAAAGCCUUUCGCACGCCAGACAAACUGCGUCUCCACUCGCUCCGGCACUCUGAUCAUCGCGAGUUUCUCUGUUCUCAAUGUGGGAGACAAUUCAAACGCAAAGACAAGCUCAAAGCUCACAUGGACCAUGUCCAUUCAGCUGCGGCUUGCGAAAAGUCUAAGGGCCGUUUCAUCAAGACAGCCUCUAAACCUGCUAAUGGUGCUAAGAAAUUUGCUCCAAAACUUGUCGUCAAUACUGCUGAUUACAAUAGGUAUUUUUACAAAUGUCACUCAUGCAUGGUUGGGUUCAAGCGACGAGGAAUGCUUGUCAAUCAUCUCGCCAACCGGCACCCUGAAAUUUCACCUGACUCCGUGCCUGAAUUGAGUCUACCCAUUUUGAAAACUAGGCGCAAUUAUUAUUGUCAAUAUUGUGAUAAGAUUUACAAAAGUAGCUCUAAACGGAAAGUGCAUAUUCUAAAGAAUCAUCCAGGCUUAGAACUACCAUCCAGCAAUAGAUUGAGGGCUGGAAGUGUGAAUGCGAACCAAGUACCAAAUGCGUCCUACUCUCGUACGGUAGAGAGUGUAACAUCCAAUCCCCACUCAUGUCCUUGGUGUCACAAACAGUACGCAUCCAAAGCCAAACUGCUCCAGCAUCAGAGAAACAAGCACAAAGAACUAGUCAAAAUAUCAUCAAAACAGGAAACAAAGCAACCAAAAGAUGUAUCAAAACCAGUUUUUGAUUUAGAAAAAGGAAGAAGUGAAAUCCUUCCCAAGACGAAUUGUGCUGCCGCUGAAGUUGAAACCACUCGUGAGGACUUGGCAGAUCUCACAAACAGCUGCAAUUUGGCAACCACAGAGACUGAGCUCACUGAGUCCCACGAAACUCGCAACGUAGCUUCACUCAAGUGUGAACUCAAGGAUCUCUCAAGUGCAGACUGGCUGAACCAUGCGUUUGCUGCCCUAGGCCCGGCUAUCUCCGACCUGAUCACCUACGUCACCGACAGCAAUGGUCAACAAACAUGUACGCUAAACCUUACGCAAGAACAGUACUCGAAGGUCAUGGAGCAGAAACUGCCCCUUGCCUCCCCCUCUCCAUCUUCUUCUCUCGCACCAAUGCCACUGACGUCUAAUUCACCAGUAACCACUUUAAACAGCUCUGUCUCUGUAGAGUCUGGCAUCUCACAAUCUUACGGUCUUCCUUUUUUUGAUUGAGUCUGAAGGGAUGUGCAUUUUUAUCUGUUAGCAAAAUUUGGGGAGCAUUUCAGUAAAAUUAUGUACAAUCAUCCCUGAAACUAAACUAUUGACAGUAUCAGGAUUCACUUCUGAUGUUUUUAAUGUUUUAGACAAUUCAAGCGUGUGUCGAUAGUCCAAAUUUUUUGGCUUGUUUUCUGAAGUUUGAAGAAAUCACAACCCUUUGAAACUCGUAAUUUUGUCCCGUAUCAAUGACAGUCUGUUAAUCAGCCUGGACAGUGGGUGCGGAUUUUCUGCCAUAUUGGUCGAUAUAAAGGUGGUUCCAGGCCAAAUAAUUAAUCUCUCCGUGCUAUCUUUUUCAUUUUUGGUGAGCUGUUAUUACCGUUAAAUGUCAAUUAGAUGUUAUUCACCACCAUUUUUACUCCUGCUCUUUUCAGUACUUCAUGUUGCUUGUAAUUUAAGGCAUUCUUUUUUGUUCUUUGUGGCCAAGAGGAGAAACAAGUGUCAAAACAUUUUAACUUUUCUUGGCUACGAAGAAGUUCCCAUGAAUCCAUAUUUUGGUUAUUGCAUUUGGUUUUUGUAUUUUCCAUGGGAAAGAGGUUUUUUAAAAGUCCCGAAUUAUGUAUGACUUCUCUGUCUGAAUGCACCUUAACUUUUCAUCUUAAGCUCUGAUUUUGAUAGUUCUUAAAUAUUUUUUAAAGGUGUUGGACUAGGAAGUUAGGUGAUUAUUUUUAUUACCACAAGGAAAUUUUUUCCUUAUUUUAUUGUCACUCUCCUCCAAAGAACUUAAAAUAUAAAGUUAAUGUUUCUUUAGCAUUCUUUCGUUUUUGCUCACAUUUUAGAGUUCAUACCUCUCUUUACUCUCUGGAAUUUACACCAAAAUUCAAGUCUGGUCAGAGAUCCUAAGUGCAUAUUGAGCUCAGGUUUUUGCCAAAAGCUUUAGUCAGUAACAGAUGCGUAGGGCUAUUUUUCUUUUAUUUUUUUUUUUUUUUUUUUAGUUGAGAAUUGAUCCAUCAAUUUUCAAGUCCGUUAUGAGUGCAACUGAAAGUAUAAGAUGAUCCCAAAAGACUUGCUGAAGAGAUGAGGUUCAUGAAGGGCUUAAGAUUUAGCAAAUCACUUUGAACCAACCCUGUUGAGCUACUUUCAUUUUUUAAAAAUGUAUUAAUCUAAGAAACUUUGUUGAUACUUUGUUGGAAAAAUAUAAAUUAGUAACUGAUUUAAAAGUAAAGAAUAAAGACUGAGUUUAUAAAAGAGCUUACCCCUGUGAACUCUUUUGCGAACACUUCGUAGAAAAAAUUGAGAGGUGUAUUUAAUAAUUUAGUAUUUGAACCUAAUUCAGAGUUUUGCAUAGCAAACUAGUGAUAGUCCCUCGAGUGCUCUUACGCUUUGAGGAACAGAAAUUGAAUGAUAUGAGUUUUCGUUGAGAUCGAUGGCUUUUAGUCGUAUUUACGGAAGAGGUUUUUUUAAAAAGGAAUUACCCGACUCUUUUUUUUCUACAACGAAAGAAGAGUACUGAUUGUUCUGAAGUGGAUUAACCGUACCUCAACUUUAGAGAAAAAAGUCUUUUUUAAGUUCCUCUCCAUUCUAUUUAUCUUUGUAAGUGAGUGCAGUCCUUAAUGCAUGGAAAUCAUUUUUCUAAGUGAGUUUCCAAAUGGUCACCUCCUGACAUUUCCUUCAGAGAGGAAUGCAUUUUUAUUAUCUGUGAUGGAUUUUUAGUGAAGUGUUGUAAGUAAUCCUCAAGAAUGUAAUUAUUAUAUGUAUCUUGUAUCUCUAAGCAAGUUCACCUCAUGAUUUGAAAACUUGUAGUAAAGUGUAUAGUUUGUAAUUUUUUUUCUUCAGUUGUAUUCAUUCUUGCACUAAAAAUAAAAUAGGGAAACAAAAUCUAAAUUUCCAUGGUGUAGACAACCAUCAAUUAUCCUGCAGGGCCAUCUGAAUAUUUUAUUAUUCAGAGUCGAAGCAUUCAAGGAAAAUGUGAUUUUUCUAAUUAAGUUCAGGGAAACAACAAAAAAAUUCAAAUCUGAAAUCAAGCUUGAAAUAGAAUUUAAAACACUGGUUUUCAUUAAUUCUUAACCAGUGUUUUUAUUGAUACAUUUAAUAUACUAGAGUAGACACAUGUUAAUGUUCGCGACUAUUGAAAAAUAGACUUGCAACAUGAUAAGCUUAACUGAAAAAUAUUCUCAGCUAAGGCCUCUCGAAAGAAGCAUCACAAAAAUUAGUAAAGUUCAUUCAGUUUUGUAGCUUGCAAACUGGGACGCAGAAACGAUCAUUGCUUGGUUCGAUAUUUUGUUUACAUAUUACAUAUUACAUUUCAAUAUGUAUUACAUUUAUCCUCUAUUGAUAAAUCCUGAUAAUUAGGCAAAUGUUUAAUUUUUUUAUUUUAUAUAUUUUAUUAUUUUUUAUGUUUGAAUUCCAAUAAAAGAAGUCCUCAGAAAGUAA